AUGACACCUCAAGGCCUAUUCUCCAACUGGCCUCCUCCCUCAAAGGAGAUUCUGAAAUCAUGGCUAGACAGACAGGGUAUCAUCAGAGAUGACAGCUUGAAGAUCGUCGAUAUGGAAGAUGGUGAUGGCUGGAGAUUGAUAUCCGGACGUGAGAUGGAUAUAGGAGAGCUGAUAUGUUCCAUACCUAAAACAUCCAUCUUAUCCCACCGCACCUCAUCACUUCCUCCUCUCCCACCUCUACCCUCGUCCGGCUCUUGUCACGACAGCUCCAUGAACUCGAUCACGCUUCUGCACCUUUCAUUAUGUCUCUUACAUGAGUUUCGCCUGGGACAAUCAUCGCCCUUCUAUGGAUACCUCCAAUCGUUGCCUAGGGAUAUCAUUGGAUUACCGAUCUUUUGGGAUGUUUCAGAAGUAUGCCGUGAGGAUGGGAAGGAAGCUAAGAAGUGGUUGAGGGGGACGGGAGCCGAGAGGGAGCUGAGAGUGAGGGAAGAGCAGGGGCUGGGAUUGACAAAUCUCCAUUCAUUCUAUUCGCAUUACUCAUCUCAUCUACCUCCUACCACUUCUCAUCCCGAGCACUCCCCAAUUCAAUCAUUCUAUCACGCUUUCAGUCUCAUCUCCACUCGGGCAUUUAUGAUAGACCUAUAUCACCUUAUCGCGCUAUGCCCAUUCGCAGAUAUCUUAAACCACCACCCUACUCAACCCAAUACCUCUCUAUCGUCGGACGACUUUGUAUGUCAUCUUUGUGGAUCAUUGAAGACCUGUCCAGAACACGAUAUAACCAAUUCACAAGGGAUAGCGUAUCGUCUACUUUAUCUGAUCCCUAGGGAUAUACAAAGGAUAGAAGAUGAACCGCAGGAUACUAUUGAACUGAGAGUCGAAAGGCCAAUAGCGAAGAAGGGAGAGGAGGUAUGGAAUUCGUAUGGAGAUGGAUUGAGCGAUGCGAAAUUGCUGGUUGAAUGGGGCUUUAUAAGUGAGGAAUAUACGGGAGAUGGUUUGGUUUGGGAUCUGGAAGACCUGCACUUGAAAGGAGAAGGAGAAGUUGAGGAGUACUGGAAGAAGGUCGAUGAAGCUCCAAUUGAUCCUAUCGACGAAGAUACUGAAGAGGGCGAAGACGAAGAAGAAAGGAUACUGUGCAGGAGGAAUGAACAGAAUCCGAGAUUGUUGAACCUAGAUCAAUCAGGGAGGAUCUCAAUUAACAUAUUCAGUCUACUGUGGCUAGAUCAGACACGAUCGCGAAGAAACGGGUCAAAAGAAUGUAGAGCUGAGGAUCCAGGAUCACUGGUACAAGCGAUCAAGCAGAUAGAAUCGAUUUGGAAGAUAUCGAUCGACGAGGAAUAUACGGAAUAUGAUACUCUUCUGAUAGAUGAUUUGGUGGAAGUGAUCCAGCAGGUUAUAGACCUACUCAAGAAAAGGAUAGAAAAGAUGUAUAGAUGUGAUUUGAGUGAAGAUGCAUUAUUCAAAAUGCGAGAUGAUCUUUCACCAGAAGAUAAAUACCUAUAUAUGGCGAUGACAUUAUCGAUCAAUGAAAGGGUAUUGAUCAAUUCGACUUUAAACAAAUGGAAUGAUCUGCUCGAUUUCAUAAUUGCUUCAUCAUAA